AUGGCUAAGAAAAAUGUAUACAAUCGUCUUACAGAUAUAGAAGAUCAUUUGGAAUUCGUUCUCUGUGUGGUCAUCGGCGCUGUCAAGGCACGUCCCGGCUAUUUGCCCACAGCCGUUGCCGUACCCACCUAUCAACAAUAUGCCUAUGAACCCACUGUAGUGGGUCACACUGUAACCCAUUUGCCAACGGCCAUCUCACAUCAAAGUCAAACGAUUGUACAUGAAAAACGUCCCUACCUCAGGCCCAUUUUGGAUUAUCAACCGGCCGCUGACUACGUUAAAGCCCAUUAUGCAGCACCCCACACAAAUUAUGUUGCAGCUGCACCUUUAGCUUAUGCACCAGUAACAUACACAUCAGAACUGUAUCCUACAGGUUGGGAUACAGGUUUGACAUACAACAGAGGCUGGAAUGGUUGGCCUCUUAAGUAA